CUCUCUCGCUGCGUUCCAUUUGGGUUUUCGUCUUCCACGAGGAGGGAUCUCGUCGUGUUCUUUUUUUUUUUGCCUCCUCCACCCCCUCCUUUUUUUUUCCCUCUUCAAGGCAACACUGCGUCUUUUCAUUUCUCACUGGACGCAUCAUUUUUCUUCUGCAUCUUUCUUUUUUUUUCCCCUUGUUGUUGCUGUUGGGUGUGCGCGCACAGCAUCGCUGUCACGCACAUCUUGUUGACCCCCCCCCCCCCCCCGCGGCUCCCGCCUCCCAGCCCCCCAAGCUCGCUGACGUACAUGGUGCGCGGCGCCGCUUCCUCCUCGCCAGGAGUCGGUCUCGGCUGUCGGCUGGCAAAAUGUGGCCGGCCCUAGUGGCGACGCUUGGCUCGUGUUUGUGUUUGUGCGGCGAGUCGAUGGGCGGCUUCCCCAACCAGAUCAACAUCGGUGGGCUCUUCAUGCGUUCCGCGGUCCAGGAGCACAGCGCCUUCAGGUUUGCGGUGCAGCUGUACAACACCAACCAGAACGCCACGGAGAAGCCCUUCCACCUCAACUACAACGUCGACAACCUGGAGUCGUCCAACAGCUUCUCCGUCACGCACGCUUUCUGCUCGCAGUUCUCCCGGGGGGUCUACGCCAUCUUCGGCUUCUACGACAGGAAGUCGGUCAACACGCUGACCUCCUUCUGCGGGGCGCUGCACACGUCCUUCAUCACGCCCAGCUUCCCCGUGGACGCCGACGCGCAGUUCGUCAUCCAGAUGAGGCCCGGAUUGCGGGGCGCCCUCCUCAGUCUCUUGGACCAUUACAAGUGGGAGAAGUUCGUCUACCUCUACGACACCGAGAGAGGUUUCGCCAUCCUCCAGGCCGUCAUGGAGUCGGCCGUGGCCAACAACUGGCAGGUGACGGCUCGCUCGGUGGGGAACGUGGCCGACCCCGCCGAGUAUCGACGCGUCAUCGAGGAGAUGGACCGGCGGCAGGAGAAACGCUUCCUGCUGGACUGCGAGGUCAACAGGAUCAACUCCAUUCUGGAGCAGGUGGUGAUUGCGGGCAAGAACGCCAGAGGGUACCACUACAUCCUUGCCAACCUGGGUUUUUCCAACAUGAGCUUGGACAGAGUCUUUUCCGGCGGAGCCAACGUGACGGGCUUCCAGAUCAUCAACCCGGACAGCGCCAUCGUGCAGCAGUUCCUCCAACGCUGGGAGCGUCUCGACGAAAGAGAAUUCCCAGAAGCCAAAAACGCUCCGCUAAAGUACACGUCGGCGCUGACCCACGACGCCAUCCUCAUCAUCUCCGAGGCCUUCCGCUACCUCCGGCGCCAGCGCGUGGACGUUUCCCACAGGGGCAGCGCGGGCGACUGCCUCGCCAAUCCUGCCGUGCCCUGGAGCCAAGGCAUCGACAUCGAGAGGGCCCUGAAAAUGGUCCAGGUUCAAGGCAUGACGGGAAACAUCCAGUUCGACACGUUCGGGCGACGAGCCAACUACACCAUCGACGUGUACGAGAUGAAGUCGGGAGGCCCCCGGAAGAUCGGCUACUGGAACGAAUACGAAAAGUUUGUUUUUAUAGCGGAUCAGCAGGUCACCAACGAGUCGUCUUCUGUGGAAAACCGAACAAUUGUGGUCACUACUAUUAUGGAAGCGCCGUACGUGAUGUACAAGAAAAACUAUAUGCAGCUGGACGGAAAUGACAGAUAUGAAGGCUACUGUGUGGAUUUAGCCUCUGAAAUUGCAAAGCACGUGGGCAUCAAAUAUAAACUCUCGGUGGUUCCGGACGGCAAAUACGGAGCCCGAGAUCCCGAGACCAAGACGUGGAACGGGAUGGUGGGUGAACUGGUUUAUGGGAGAGCCGACAUAGCCGUGGCUCCGCUCACGAUAACGUUGGUACGAGAAGAAGUGAUCGACUUCUCCAAGCCCUUCAUGAGCUUGGGCAUCUCCAUCAUGAUCAAGAAGCCCCAAAAGUCCAAGCCCGGCGUCUUUUCCUUCCUGGACCCGCUGGCCUACGAGAUUUGGAUGUGCAUCGUGUUCGCCUAUAUCGGCGUGAGCGUGGUGCUGUUCCUGGUGAGCCGCUUCAGUCCUUACGAGUGGCACCUGGACGAGAACGACGAGGCCAAAGACCCCCAGAGCCCUCCCGACCCGCCCAACGACUUUGGCAUUUUUAAUAGCCUGUGGUUCUCGCUGGGUGCCUUCAUGCAGCAAGGAUGCGAUAUCUCGCCAAGGUCGCUGUCGGGUCGCAUCGUGGGAGGGGUGUGGUGGUUCUUCACCCUCAUCAUCAUCUCGUCCUACACGGCCAACCUGGCGGCCUUCCUCACCGUGGAGAGGAUGGUUUCGCCCAUCGAGAGCGCCGAGGACCUGGCCAAGCAGACCGAGAUCGCGUACGGGACUUUAGACUCCGGCUCCACCAAGGAGUUCUUCAGGCGCUCCAAAAUAGCCGUUUACGAGAAAAUGUGGUCGUACAUGAAAUCGGCGGAACCGUCGGUGUUCGCCAAGACGACCCCCGACGGGGUCUCCCGGGUGCGAAAGUCAAAGGGCAAGUUCGCCUUUCUGCUGGAGUCCACCAUGAACGAGUACAUAGAGCAGCGCAAGCCGUGCGACACCAUGAAAGUGGGCGGCAACCUGGACUCCAAAGGCUACGGCGUGGCCACGCCCAAAGGCUCCGCAUUAAGAAAUGCUGUUAACCUGGCAGUGUUAAAACUGAAUGAGCAAGGCCUCUUGGACAAAUUGAAAAACAAAUGGUGGUACGACAAAGGAGAGUGCGGCAGCGGGGGAGGUGACUCCAAGGACAAGACAAGCGCACUAAGCCUGAGCAAUGUGGCCGGCGUCUUCUAUAUUCUGGUGGGGGGGCUGGGCCUGGCCAUGACCGUGGCGCUCAUCGAGUUUUGCUACAAGUCUCGGCAAGAGACCAAAAAACUCAAGCUGGCCAAGAACGCCCAAAAUUUUAAGCCAGCCCCUCCGGUCAACACCCAGAAUUUUGCCACGUACCGCGAAGGCUACAACGUGUACGGGACGGAGAGCGUCAAAAUCUAAAGGAGGUGGCGACUUCCCAGCAGGACGAGAGCGACCGCUUGUGUGGUGUGACAACCCCCCCCCCCCCCCCCCCUUGCAACGAGCGGCGCCGACCCUUUGGCAAGGAGCGGGACUCGUAGAGGUUCUCUUUCCUCUGGUCGUGCCUUACGGAGCUUUGGGCGCGCUGGCCGUUAAACGUUCAAAGUGUGCGCACGCCACAGCGGAACGCUGGCCAUAUUUCACCAUUUUGAGAUUUUUGCUCGGUCUUUUGAACGGAAAACGUCCCGCUUUGGAUCCUUUCGAGCGGGAGUCGCUGACCUUUUCCAAUGGCAAAGCGUGCAAGUUUUCCUCGGCUUCUGCUGCAGACCCGGGAAACAAGCAAUUUGCGUGUGCAUCUUGUUCGCAAUUGGUGAUGAUCUUCGUGCGUUCUCGGAAAAGUCAACGAGCUGAGAGCAAAUAAAUAUUCAUUUUGAUCCUUUUUCAAACCACAUUCCCGACGUCCGCACUGCGGCCGAGUCCUCGGCGGCACCGCGUUUGCUUUCUGGACUUAUUUUUUUUUUUUUUUUUGUGGUGUUGUUCAACUGUUAUUAUAUUUGGUGAAGUCAUUCUGUUUUCCUCUCUAGACUUUCGAGUGUUAUCGUAUUUGGGACGAGCGUAAUUUAAGGUUUCAGCUUUUGGUUUUCUUCUUAAUCUUGCUAAGAUAACAGACGUCAUCUUUUAGAAGCUCAACAAUGACAAAUGUCGGGAAUUGGAAUUUCACUUUUUUUGUCAACUUUGUGCCAGAAUAUCCCAAAUGCUUUGUUGGCUUUAGGCUUGAGCCACAAUCGACGAGCGUUCAUGGAAAAAUUUUGGGUUUUUGUGUCCUCACAGUCAUUGCAGGAGAUGAGCUGUACAAAGGCAAACAUUUAGAAAAAUGAACUUUUUUUUUUUUUACAUUUGUUUGACCUGCCCCACAAUACCAACGCCCGCGAGGUCGGUUUUAAUGAUCUGUGCGGCACGCGUGGACAAACGAGCACCGGAGGAGAGCUCACAAAGCAUUUCCUUAAUAAAAGCUGAUUUGUAUUCCA